GUUUCCUUGCAUGAUAAUGUAUUAACUUUUGGAAAAUAAGUAGGCUUGAUUGUUUAUUGAGUUACUAGUAUUAGACGACUUUUUAAGUAGCAUAAGAAAUAUUGUUGGACGAAUGUCAGAAGAACGUAGCCUUUGUAUUGGCUUAUAGAUUUUAGUCGCGAGAUGAGCUCCACCGGGUCCCUUACAGGCUUCCACAUUUCCCACCUUGCAACGGGAGAUACCCCCGGAAUUCGUGUGGAUAGAGCCUGUAUCGAAUCUAGUCCAGCCGCAGAAAAUUCGACCAGUAACAGGCUGGUGGCACCUGGUAAGCGGACGGAGAAGAAAAAUAAUGGGUCCAACAGGACCCACAUGAAACGGAAGGCUAAGUGCAUGAAGAAGGAUUCGUUGGAGGCUGACGGCGAAUUGGUCUUGUUUCCCGGACGCGACGAGAGCUAUCCGGAGGAGUUGAACAGGCUUAUUGGACCACUGAACUGUCAGCUGUGUAAGGUGCAGAUGACCUCGAGAAAGCGCGCCCGGGAUCACUACGAAUCGAAGGCCCACGACCGACACAUCAGCGCCUGGCUGGCCAAGAACUACACGGAGGUGGGUCUGGAGGCACCUCCAGUGAAGCGGCUGGCCAAGCAAGGACCAACCGGCCCAAACGCCUUUCACUGCGACCUGUGCGACCUGGACCUCACCUCCUCGAUGCACGCCCGCCAGCACUACUUGGGUCGAAAGCACAUGCGUGUGGAACAGAGCGUCGCGAAGCCCUCCGGAGCCAGGAACUGCGAUACGUCGGAUGGUCGUCACGGCAUAGGGAGUCUGUUCCCCAAGACGGAGGGCUUAACCAAAGAUUCCCCUACGGACGUAUUACUAUCAGAGAACAGCGCGAUCAAGCGCACCUGCAACCUGUGCAAAAUAAUCGUCACCUCUGCUGCACAAAUGCAGGCCCACUUGGCUGGAGCCAGGCACCAAAAGAACUUUAGGACCUCUGGGCAGGAUCACGAUCAGUCGGAAGAUGUUCGUCUUCCGGAGGCGCCGACCUCUGAAGCGAAGAAAUUGGAUGCCGCGGAACUGGCCUUGUAUCGCACUCCAAUGGGUCAGUACUACUGCCAGACCUGCGACAUGAUGAUGAACCAUGAGACCAUCUUGCAACAGCACUUUAUUGGCAAGAAGCACCUGAAAAGGGUUAAAAAUCUUUCCCAAACUGAGAAGACCGUGUAAAGAAUUUAUUUGAUAUGCCCUAAGCCUAAGCCAUGAGUUUCCGUUAGUAGUGCCGUUGAUUUACCAGCUUGAAGCUAGUAUCUUCCUAAUAAUAAUAAAAAUAAUAAUAAUAAUGACAUUCGAGUGUGGGAAACAGCCAUAUUGUUUAAGAAAGGCAUUCUAAAAUAAACUUUUUUAUACCCAUUACUCAUAGAGGGGUAUAUUAAACUCGGAAUAAAAAUUUCUAUCGAUAUGCCAAGAGAAUUUUGAAAUUUCUCUAUCGAACUUCCACUAUCUGAUUUACUGGUAUCUGAUUCUGAUAUUCUUGUUUAAAAAAAUUGUCUAAAUUUUGGGAUUAAAAAGUGGUUUACCGAUGAUAAGCUUUCAUGAAUUCCACUUAAUAUGAUCACAAGGUUUUAUUUUUUUUAUGAACAUUCUCUGCAUUUAUUUUUAAAAUUAUUCGCCGUUGUGAUUUCGUAAAUAAAUCGGUUUUAUAACUGUCAAGCCAAAGA